CCUGGUCCGGUGGGCAGCAGAAGGGCAAUGCACAAAGCUAUAAAGAGACCGUAGACGGUGAAUGAGAUGGUCCCCCUACGGCUAAUUGCCUCACGGUCUGUCGACAGAGACGAUGGACGCCACGCAAACGGCGGCUGCGGCAGCGACGGAAGGCCGCGCUGAUCCUGUCUCAUGGCCAGAUUCAGGCUCUCCCACAUGGUCUUCCAUCCGCUCGAAUAUCACCCGUUCUGAUACUUUUCACGACCAGCGGUCACUGACCCUCGGGCAGCAUUUACCGGCCUUAUCACUGCCGCUGAAGCGCCACAUCUACGAAACCGAUGUGUGCGCAGGAAUCAUGGCUCCCCCAAAGCGAAGAACGGGGGAUCAUCCUAGCGGGUCUGCUACAGAUUAUGCGCCGACAGUUGCCGGAGCAGUCCCCCAAUCAGCGGCAUGCCGUCCAGCACAGACACCGUCAUCCGCCAUGCAUGAAAUCCAGACCCCAAGCCUUACCAGCCCGUCGGCCGCACCAUGGUAUGCGAUGGUGUCCUCUGGCACAUCAAGGAAUAUGUCUCAUCCGGGCGUGUCCAACAGGAUAUACUCAAGCCAACUCACGCUACAGCACCCAACGGCUGCGGGCAGUCCGGCAGAAUUCACAUUGUGGCCGCAUCCCCCACCCGCGUCCAGUCAUGCGCUCGAAGCAGUGCCAGCCGGAUCCGCCGAUGGUCCUGUGUGGGUGAUAACGCCAGACCAGGUUUUCGAGUCAUCCGGGAGCACUUAUAAUGCAACCGUUCCGGUUGGCGUUGCAGGUCUGUCCAGGCAUCGGAUCGUGCAAGGCGAAUACGAUCGCCCCGGAGAAAUAGUCCAUGAGCCGCCUGGCCCUUUGGCCCUGGCAGUAUCCCAUCAGGCGCCGAUUGCCAACGCGGUCUGGGACCCUCCGUCGUCGAUCGAACCCAACCCUUGGUCCGCUGCUGUGACGCAGGAUCGCAUCCCGGAGCCCUCGGUACCGGAACAUCCCCUACUGGGGCCGACCACUGUCGGCCUUCCUCCAGAGCAAGUAGUCCCAAAGCCCCUGUUAUACCGAAGCUACACACGAAACUAACAUCGAGGAUCAAAAUAAAGGCUCGCCGGUCCAGAACCCUGGGAUGUCGUCAGUCCCGCCGAUGCCGACACACCGGCUGCGAACGGAACCAUGGCGGCACUCGAUCCAUGCGAGGGGGUCUCCGGAGCCUUGACGGUUCCGCUCAUGGAGCAUCAGAAACAGGGCGUGCGCUGGAUGACGGCAAUGGAGAAAAGCCAUCACCGCGGGGGGAUCCUGGCCGACGACAUGGGACUGGGCAAGACCGUCCAGGCCCUGGCUCUCAUCGUCACUCAUCCCGCACAACACAUCAACCGGCACGCAACCCUG